AUGAGCAUGACCAUUACUCUUAAAAAAGAUUGGAAAGUUAUAUGUGACAUAGAGUGUCCUCAUCCACCGGCUGACUUAUAUGGAUUGCCAAGAGAGUUGAAUAUAGAUUCAUUUGUUUCAAGGAGAAAGAUAUCGGAUAUUUCUGCUUUGCCACAGUUUUCAGUAGCACCUGCUCCAAAGUCUACACGUGACAAGAAUGAGUGGGGAAGGUUUUCGAAUUUCAUGCACAAGCAAGACAAUGUUGCUAUUGCAAGCUUUGAGCAGUGCAAGUUCUACUUUUUGCCUCCACCGAAAGCAUCUAUAUCAUGCUCAGUUAAUGUUGCAUAUCAAAUAGGCAGCACAUCUACUGUAGAUACUCGUCCAAGAGAUUGUGAAUCAGGUUCACACAUAGCUGAGGAAUAUGGUGGACACAAUACUAUCAUGGCAAGAGGUCCACCAAAUGGUGGAGAUGCCUCCUCCUCACUUCCAAAGUUUCCCCCUGCGGAAGAUCGCGCACAUCAUUUUACAUCUGAAACCUGUGGUGGAAUUCAAUCACAUGCGAUGAAGGAAAGACUUCCUGAGAAAAAUUUCAUACGAGCAGACCCAAGUUACCUGAAAACUCUUGGCCAGGCUCACUCUGGAUGGAUUUUUGGUGGAAUAGCUGAGCUUGUUGAUAAUUCACGGGAUGCCAAAGCAACUAAGAUUGAUAUUUUUGUUGAUAUGAUAAAGAUGAAGAAAUCUGGGAACGAUGUACCCAUGCUGUCAGUAAUUGAUGAUGGUCAAGGGAUGAACCAUGAUGAGAUUAUGAGAAUGGUAUCUUUUGGGCACAAAAAAUCUGACUAUGAUGACAAGGACCAAAUCGGUAGAUUUGGUGUUGGAUUCAAGACAGGAGCAAUGAGGCUUGGCAAAGAUGUUCUUGUUCUAACCCAGACUGCUAAUUCCAGAUCUAUAGCUUUUCUUUCACAAUCAUUGAAUGAAGGCAAGGAUAAUAUAGAGAUUCCCAUUGUUAGUUACUGCCGGCAAGGACAACAAAUGGAAGUUGACACAAAAGCGCAAUCAGAUAAAUUGGCAAAAUACAAUUUAAAAGCUAUUAAGGAGUUCUCACCGUUUAAUAAGUAUCUUAUUGGUGAAAAGGCAGCCUUGUUUUGUGGUGGUACGGGAACCCAAAUAUAUAUAUGGAACUUGGAUGAAUGGGGGUCAGGGUGUUGCCUAGAGUGGCAUGAUGGAUUGAAAGGUGGGAGUUCUUUUCAUCAAGGUGAUAUUUUCAUCCGCAGCAGAAGGAGUCGUUCUCGUCUAGGCCAACUUAAUCAAAAGGUUCCUUUGGAUUUCUCUUUACGAGCUUAUUUGGAAGUCAUCUUCUUAGUUCCUCGAAUGAAGAUAUGUGUUCAAAGGAAACUGGUUAAAAGUCGACCGCUAGCAAAUUUCCUCACUAAAACGAUUAUUGAAAGUGGUGAGAUAUUGAAAAGGCCAGUUGAAUUGACUCUAGGACUUAGUCAAUUAGAAUGGGAUCAAGCAAACUGUGGAGUAUUUCUGUAUUGGCAUGGUCGCUUAAUUGAGGCUUACAAGAGAGUUGGUGGCAUGAUUCAUAGUGCAGAUGUGGGUCGGGGUGUAAUUGGUGUCAUGGAUGUGACCAAUUUAAUUGAUGAUCUGGAUGGUCGUGUGUGGGUGCAUAAUAACAAGCAGGGAUUCCAAGAUUGUGAAGCAUAUGCAUGUCUUGAGCAGUGGCUUGGGGAAAAAGCAGAUGAAUACUGGGACACUAAUUUUGAUUCACUUCAUUUGGACAAGGAUAACUGUGUCUACAAACCAGAUUGUGAGUGGGUGCAAUGUGACAAAUGCCGAAAGUGGAGAAUGUUGCCUUCAACCUUUGACAGCGGAGCGUUGGCUACGCAAUGGAUAUGA